CUGGACCUGCACACAGUCUUUGGCAUGGAACCACAUGAAAGGAAACCCAGACAAGUGUGACAUAUGGGGGAACACACCGCUCCACCUCGCAGCAGCCAAUGGUCAUCUAAACUGUUUGUUUUUCCUGGUGUCUUUCGGUGCCAACAUCUGGUGCCUGGACAAUGAUUACCACACACCGCUGGACAUGGCCGCCACAAAGAACCACAUGGACUGUGUCAGAUAUCUGGAUUCUAUAGCAGCCAAACAGACAGGCUUCAACCAUAAGCUAUUGUGUUAUAUAUUUUAUGAUGCUACUCUCCAUGCCACUAAUCGAGGCAAGACAAAGAUCCAGAAAAAGCUGGAGAAGAGGAAACAGGGAGAUGGUACCUUUAAAAUUUAUGAGGAUGGACGGAAGAGUGUACGCUCACUGUCUGGACUUCAGCUGGGCAACGACGUGAUGUUUGUCAAACAGGGGACCUACGUGAACCCCAAAGACCGUGGGCGCCGUAAUGUUCGUGACAUGUUCCCCAGAGACAAUGACGAUGCUAUCUCACGUGCCAUGAGUGAGCCAGACCUCCAUGGACCGGAUGUAGACUAUUCUGAGAUAAGCACUGAUUCAGGGCAUGAUUCUCUUUUUAACAGGCCAGGGCUGGGGACCAUGGUCUUCAGAAGAAACUAUGUGAGUGGGGGCAUGUUUGACCUUGGACGGAGGGAUGAUAUUAGCGUGGCACAGUCUAGUAAUACUGUUCGGUUGCGUAGUAGACUCCAGCCUUAUACCAGUAUGGAUGAAGACAGCAUAGGAAGUGCCCGGAGCCUUCAGGAGAGGAAUAUAGAGGAGCUUCCCUGGGACGAGGUGGAAUUAGGACUGGACGAUGAUGAUGAACCAGACUCCAGUCCUUUGGAGGUGUUUUUGGCCACUCAGAGCAUGAGCGAGUUCUUCUCCAUCUUCAAACGGGAGAAGAUUGACCUGGAAGCACUGCUGCUGUGCUCAGAUAAUGACCUUAAAAGUAUUCACAUACCCCUAGGGCCUCGCAAGAAGAUACUGGACGCCUGUAAAAGACGUCUAGAAACCAUAGAAGAUCCAGACGCUAUUGAGGACACUGAACUCUGAAGAGGAGCUAGUGAUGCUUCUUGGUCAAGAGGAAGAAGAUGUAGAACAAACAGAAUAAUAGCAACUUUGGAAACUUAAGGGGAGAUUAUUAUACACUCAAAGAAGAGAGCAACCAACCAACCAAGAGAGCAACUGAAAUACUGUUUCUUGAUAACAUGGUAACUGUUAUGUGUGGCUCAUAAUAAUCUCUGUAGAUCUGUUGUCCCCAACAAUUUUGUCCAAAGUGUGUCAAAUAAACUGAGUAUAAUAUUGUGUGUACAUACAUAUGUAGCCAGAAUUACAAUAUCUUUUUCCCCCAGACUUUAUUGCCCUA